UUCGGUUUUCUUUGUUUUCGUUGGGUGAGAGAGGAAGGAAGAAAGAGGAGGAAAGGAUGGUGGUCACCACGACGGUGUCGGACUCCGAUGAGAGUAUUCACUCCACUUUCGCCUCCAGAUACGUCCGCAAUUCUCUUCCCAAGUUCAAGAUGCCGGAGCAGUCGAUACCGAAAGAAGCAGCUUACCAGAUAAUAAACGAUGAACUGAUGUUGGAUGGGAAUCCGAGGCUGAACUUGGCUUCUUUCGUGACCACGUGGAUGGAGCCGGAGUGCGAUAAGCUGAUGAUGGCUGCGAUCAACAAGAAUUAUGUCGAUAUGGAUGAAUACCCUGUCACCACAGAGCUCCAGAACCGGUGCGUUAACAUGAUAGCCCACCUGUUCAAUGCUCCCAUGGGGGAUAAAGAGACUGCUGUUGGUGUCGGGACGGUGGGGUCAUCUGAGGCUAUUAUGUUGGCAGGGUUGGCAAUGAAGAGGAAGUGGCAGAAAAGAAGGCAGGCUGAAGGAAAACCCUAUGAUAAGCCGAAUAUUGUUACUGGAGCCAAUGUGCAGGUUUGCUGGGAGAAGUUCGCUAGGUACUUUGAGGUCGAGCUGAAGGAAGUGAAACUGAGGGAGGGUUAUUAUGUGAUGGACCCGGUGAAAGCUGUUGAGAUGGUCGACGAGAAUACCAUAUGUGUUGCAGCGAUACUCGGCUCGACCUUAACUGGAGAAUUCGAGGAUGUGAAACUCCUUAAUGAUCUCCUUACUAAGAAGAACAGGGAAACCGGAUGGGACACUCCCAUUCACGUCGAUGCUGCGAGCGGAGGGUUCAUUGCCCCGUUCUUGUACCCGCAUCUGAAAUGGGAUUUCCGUCUACCCCUGGUUAAGAGCAUUAACGUUAGCGGUCACAAGUAUGGCCUUGUCUAUGCCGGUGUCGGAUGGGUCGUCUGGAGGGACAAGGAAGAGCUGCCCGAGGAACUCAUCUUUCACAUUAAUUACCUCGGAUCUGAUCAACCCACUUUCACACUCAACUUUUCUAAAGGUUCGAGUCAAAUUAUAGCUCAGUAUUAUCAGUUUAUAAGGCUGGGGUUCGAGGGAUACAAAGACAUCAUGGAGAACUGCAUGGUGAACGCUCGCAUGCUGUGCGAGGGGAUCGUCAAGACGGGCCGGUUCAACAUACUGUCGAAGGAAGAAGGCGUGCCGGUCGUCACCUUCUCCCUCAAGGACAGCAGCCAGUACACAGUGUUCGACAUCUCAGAGGACCUGAGGAGGUUCGGGUGGAUCGUGCCGGCGUACACAAUGCCGCCGGACGCGGAGCACGUGGCCGUCCUCCGGGUCGUGGUCCGGGAGGACUUCAGCAGGGGGCUCGCGGAGAGGCUCACGACGGACAUCGAGAGGGUCGUGAAGGAGCUGGACGGGAAGCCGCCGAGCCGCGGCACGGUCAAGGCGGCCCACGUGACGGCAGCCGUGGAGGGGGCGGGGGGCGAGAAGCGCUUGAAGAAGAGCGUGGAGGAGACGGAGAGGGAGAUCACAAGCCAUUGGAAGAGGCUGGUGGAUGGCAAGAGGAAAGGGGCUUGCUAAGGACACUUUUGUCGUGUCAUUUCAUGUGCUGUGUUAAAAUGUCUGUUUGCUUGUGCUUGACCGCUUGUUUAUGUUACUAGAAACAUUAAGGAUGUCUUUCACCGGUAUGGGAAUGUGAAGUCUACUAUGUAUGUUGGUGGGUAUUAUUUGAAAAUUGUAUUAUUAAAACAUAAUUAUUGUAUUUAUUUUUAAACGCUUUAAGCCUUCUCUC